CAGUAAGCAAUGCGAGUGGUAGGUAGUCCCACUGCAGCAUCGUUUAUCCAUCAUUACGAAGAAUGGAAUUGAAAAAAAGAAUCUAUAUAUAUAAGCUCGCUUCGUGAUCUACGAUUAAUUCUGUGUUGAAUGCACAUGGCCAAUCCCUGAGAUGGUAAACAAUUUCUCUCUCUCACAUUUCCGAUGUUUUCUCUUCGCUCUCCACGCGAAUAUAUACAUGCUUUAUGCAGAUUCUCGAUUUUCUUCGUCUGUUAACAGUUGAUUGUCGUUUAAUUGUGGCUUGUGUAUAUUUUGCACUGUUGCGGAAAUGAAGGAAAAGAAGAAUACUGCCUCUACUCUCAAGCGCAUUUUAGUGAAUUGUUCAUCUCAGGUCUGAUUUUGGCUUAGUAUGCCAGCAACAGCGAUGCACUUUUGGUUUUGGGUGCAUGAUGAAAUUGUGUCUGGAACGUUUUACGUUACAUCGUUUUGGUGGUUAGAAUCCUAUACAGAAUAAUUUGUAUAACUAUUUUGUACCUUCAAGUAAGUGGUUGACUUGAUUUUAGUUAGAUAGAUGCUAUAAAAAUGUGAUUAUGGUUGAGGUGUCAGGUAGUUUGUAAGGAGAUAGAAUGGGUUGUAUAAUAGGUGCUUGCCUUUUCUCUUAUGUUUUCCCUGUCUUAUCCUCUAUUGUCUGAUAGUUGGACAUAAACAUAAAAAUUUGAUUUGGUUAAGAUCUCAUCAAAUAGGCAAAAGCAUAUGGGAGCUGUGUUGCAGCGAAGGUUCCAGAUAUUGAACGUGAUAUGUGUGUGAAGGAAUUUGAGGCACUAAAAAGUUGUAUGCAGAAUAUGCUAAAAAAGAAGGUUUAAGUGAACUCGCUCUUGUGUUCUUGUUCUGGGAGCUGCUGAAAAAGCAAACUAGAAAGCUUGACGGUUAUGAAUAAUAGUUUUUAUAGGAGUUUUCAAUCAUAAGUCUGAGAGGAAGGUCCUACAACUUUUUGCAGGCAAAGUUUUUAUUUUACAUCUGCCAUUCAUUGUGUAAACGGGACUUAACAUGACUGGAAAAGCAUCAGCUUCAAAACCUAAUAUAGGUCUGAGUGGAUCUGAUGGUCUUUCACAUGCUUACAUUCAGUAUCCGCCACUUCGGUUCAAUGUUCCUGGAUCAAGUGGAUUAUUUUAUGAUGAUGGAAAUAAGUUUCUACUCUCUCCAACAGCUGACCAGGUUUUUUCUUGGAAAGUUGGUCCCUUUGAUCCUCUCAGUGAUCCAAACACUGAUUCAAUAAGUGAAGGCCCCAUUAUAGCUAUUCGGUAUUCUUUAGACACAAAGGUAAUAGCAAUCCAACGAUCAAACCAUGAGAUACAGUUUUGGGAUAGAGAGACUGGGGGGACUUUUAGCCAUAAAUGCAAGCCAGAAUCAGAAAGUAUACUUGGAUUCUUUUGGACAGAUAGUCAACAGUGUGAUAUUGUUCUUGUUAAGACCAGUGGUCUAGACUUGUACACAUAUAAUUCAGAGUCAAAAUCACUGCAACUGGUGCAAACAAAGAAACUGAAUGUGAGUUGGUAUGUUUACACCCAUGAAAGUCGCCUGGUUCUUCUUGCUUCUGGCAUGCAGUGCAAGACAUUCCAUGGAUUUCAGAUUUCAGCUGCUGAUAUUGUUCGCUUGCCUAGAUUUGAGAUGGUUAUGGCCAAAUCUGAGGCAAAUAGUAAGCCUGUUUUAGCAUCUGAAGAUGUCUUUAUUGUAACUGUUUAUGGUAGGAUAUACUGCUUGCAAGUUGAUAGAGUUGCUAUGCUGCUCCAUUCUUAUAGGCUAUAUCGUGAUGCAGUGAUACAGCAGGGCUCUUUACCAAUUUAUUCCAGUAGGAUUGCCGUGAGUGUGGUCGACAAUGUACUUCUUAUUCAUCAAGUUGAUGCAAAGGUUGUUAUACUUUAUGAUCUGUUUGCAGAUUCCCGAGCACCGAUAUCUGCACCACUUCCUUUAUUAUUAAGGGGUUUCCCCAGAUCCAGCACUUUAUCUCAAUCUAGUGGCAGAGAAAGUGAGAGUUCAGACGGUAAUGUUUUGAGUAAUCAUGAAGCAGUUACAUAUGCCAAUACAUGGACUUUCCUAGUGCCUGACCUCGUAUGCGACGUGGCCAAUAAAUUAUUGUGGAAGUUCAAUUUAGACUUAGAGGCAAUUUCUGCUAGUAGCUCUGAGGUCCCAUCAAUAUUAGAGUUCCUGCAGCGGCGGAAGUUGGAAGCUAACAAGGCUAAACAAUUGUGCUUGGGUAUAACACGUACACUUAUUCUAGAGCAUAGGCCUGUGCCUGUGGUUGCCAAGGCUGUAAAUGUACUAGUCACCUCAUACUCCCAUUCAAUUAAAACCGGUAGCUAUCUUAAGGGACUGAAACCAGAGAACACAUCAACUUCUGUUGUACAAAAUACUGGUGCUGAGGUAUCUGCUACCGAAACAAAUGUAAUUGGAAAAUCAAUCGUCCAUGAAUCUACAAGAAGAGUAGACAGUGGAUCUCUUAAUAAAGCUUCAACUGUUUCAAGUUUGGAUUCUGAGGAUGAGUCCCAGUCUGCAAAUCUGAAACAUAGUUCAAAGGAAGUCCAAGUGGAGGAUGAAGUGAAUAAUGAGAUAUCUUUGAGCAAAGGAGCUCACAGUGCUUAUGUUAUGCAAUCAUCUCUUCAGUCUGGGCAAGAGGAAUCCCAACUUACUUCCGCAGCAAUUUCGCCAGACGAGAUGUACAGCUUUGUCUUUUCUCCUGUUGAUGAAGAGAUGGUUGGAGACCCUUCUUACUUGGUUGCUAUCAUUAUUGAGUUUCUUCACAGUGCAAAUUCAGAGAAGAUUCGCAUACUCCCAAAUGUUUAUGUAUUAAUAAUUCAACUUCUGGCCCGCAAUGAACAUUAUGCAGAGCUCGGGUUAUUUGUCUUAAACAAGAUUCUGGAGCCCUCUAAAGAAGUUGCACUACAACUCCUAGAGUCUGGUCGUCAGAAUGCCCAAACUAGGAAGCUUGGUCUGGAUAUGCUGAGACAACUGGGUUUACAUCAUGAUUAUGUUUUACUGCUCGUGCAGGAUGGAUACUACCUUGAAGCCUUACGAUAUGCACGGAAAUACACGGUGGAUACCAUCCGGCCAUCAUUGUUCUUAGAAGCAGCAUUUGUUUCCAAUGACUCCCAACAUCUUGCUGCGGUUCUUAGAUUCUUUACAGAUUUCCUUCCUAGCUUCAAAAACACCUUUGACCAUAAUAGAUACUGCCGCAUACUGAAUGAAAUGAACUCAUCCACGAAUGUUUGAGAAGUAAAAAAAAAAGGGAUAAAUUUUGAAUCAUUGUCAUUAGGGUUCCUUGUUCAACCGUGUCGAUUAUCUCGUUAUUUAUGACAUCCGGUUUCUAUUAGAUACGGAAUAGAUUUGGUAAUAGUUUCAUGUUGUAUGUUAAAUAAAUGUCUUCCUAGCAAGAUUAGUUUUAGAUGCAGUGAUCUAAAUGAAAUUCUUCUCAUUGAAAUUAACUGUGUUUGCGGGUGUACUGUUGCAUAGUUGUUUAAUACCAGUUUUUGGAGGGAGAGGAGAGGGGAGUACAAUUGAAUUUUGCUCUCGGAAAGAUGCUAAAAUUUCAUAAUGGAACUGAAUAUCAUUAUUUAUGUAAUUAAUUUCAUGUAUUUAUUUUUAGAGCAAAA